ACUGCAAGCUUCUGUGAGAUUCUGAAUCCUGAAUGUGUUCCUGGCUCUGGUCACAGAUUUCCUUCCAAUCACUGGAACAGUUGCUGUAAGGGCUGGCUAAAGGUGCCUGAGGAAAUCACCUUUUCCAAGGGAGCAUUGUUGUAAAGGAUUUUUAAUGCAUUAUGGCUCACGCAGCAUCACAGUUAAAGAAAAACAGGGAUUUAGAAAUUAAUGCUGAUGAAGAGACUGAGAAAAAAAGAAAACACAGGAAAAGAUCCCGGUAUCGGAAGAAAAAGUCUGACACAAAUGCAAGUUACCUGAGAGCUGCUCGAGCUGGCAACUUGGAAAAGGCUCUUGACUACUUAAAAAGUGGAGUGGACAUCAACAUUUCAAAUCAGAAUGGGUUGAAUGCUCUCCAUCUCGCUUCCAAAGAAGGGCACGUAGAAGUUGUCUCUGAACUGAUACAGCGAGGUGCCAGCGUGGAUGCGGCCACAAAGAAAGGAAACACAGCAUUGCACAUAGCAUCCCUCGCUGGACAAGCAGAAGUAGUCAAAGUGUUGGUUACAAAUCGGGCCAAUGUCAAUGCACAGUCUCAGAAUGGUUUCACUCCACUGUAUAUGGCAGCCCAAGAAAACCACCUGGAGGUUGUUAAGUUUCUUCUUGACAAUGGUGCCAGUCAAAGCCUUGCCACAGAGGUAAAAGUUUGAUUUCACGUUU